AUGGUUCUACUCGACGCUCUGCAGGAGGACUUAAACAAGGUUCAACUGAAACCCUACAUCGAAUUAAAAGAUGCCGAUAGCCGUACCGACGACGAUGUUGCCGAUGAAGUCUGGACAAGGUACAAGAAGCGUAACGACUCCGUUAUUGUUGAUUUAUUUUACGGCUUGCUCAAAUUGACGGUCUUCUGUCCUGCCUGCAAGUACAUAUUUCGAGCCUUCGAUCCUUUCGCCUCACUCAGCCUGCCCCUCGACGUCGUCCUCACUAAUGCCAUCAUCUUUUGCUCCAAUGACAAGUUACAACGUAUACGGUGUCGUAUUUACGUACCUCCUCGCUGCUCACUCGAGAACCUCCUGCCCUAUUUUAAUCUGGCACGGCAACCGGAUGAUGGCUGCAAGUAUGUUAUUGCUAACAUCUAUGGACACUACUUGCGAAUACUUGAACCGGAGGACAUAUUAAACUUUCGAGAGUGGAGCUAUAAACUUUUCGCCUUUGAGGUCCCCUCUGUAGAGGACAGUACUGUUAGGACAACGAACUGUACAAAUGAAUCGAAUGUGAACCCUUCUGAGACUUUGUGCGACAAGGUUCUUCAAGUACUCAAUGCACAUCUAGACAAAGAGGAAGUCAAAGAGCAGGCGGAAAAAGAAGUUUAUAAAAUUCUCGUCAUUCGUGUCCCAUCGCGGUUCUUCGAGCUCAAUCACACCGAUGAGCUCCAUCAGAAGCUGGACCUGGAUCUUUGCCUUAAGUUGUUUACCACCAAGGAAAUUCUUAGUGCGCAAAGUCCUUGGUAUUGCAAAAAGUGCAAGGAGCCCAGACAGGCAUCCAAGAAAUUUGACUUUUGGCGUUUACCCGAGGUCCUCAUCAUUCACCUUAAGCGUUUCCGAACAAUGUUUCCCAUGGAGAAGAUCAACGAAUUCGUGGAUUUCCCAGUAGAGUGA